AUGUGUUUCAAGGAGUCUACGGGGUAUAGACCGAUGGAGAAUGGUGCAGGCUGGUUUGAGGAGGGAGGAGAAUACGGGUGCAGAGUCAGUAGAAGGUACGAUGGUGGGAGGGCUAUCGAUACUGAUCGGGAGUAUGAAGCUGCUGCUGGCAAUGGGCGGGAGAAGAGGUUUAUGUAUUCGUAUGCGUCGGUCACGAUCGCUCCCGCAGGGGGUAGCUUCGGGCUGGACGUGGUGUUCUGGCAGUCUGUCACGAUCGUUCCCUCAAGGGGUAACUUCGGAUUGGACGCCUCGCUGGUCACGAUCGUUCCCUCAGGGGGUAACUUCGGAUUAAGCGGACAAGGAGGAAAGGCAAGAGGGGUUGUGGGAUAUUCGGGCCCCCUUUGGGUGAAAGUUUCGAUGAGGUGUUGGGAACGGUUUAGUCCCAGGUAUAGUAGGAUCGGAUCUUGUGCCCUGCUUGCGGCUCGCGAUAAGUUAGAGGUUAUGGGGCAGUUUGAGGAUAGCCGCAAGCAGGGAAAGGGUGUUUGGUAUUUGGUAAAGUCGAUCCCCGUAGACGUUCCGAGGUAA